CCUCCUCCUCCUCUGCGCGGCGGGCGGCUCUCGCGAGAGGCGGCGGCGGGGGUCGCCGGGCCCGGGGCAGCUGCCGGUGGCGGCGGGAGGCGGCGGCUUGGCCGCGGCGCCGCGCGGAUGCUGUACAAUCAUCAGCUGUUCACUUGUGGCUACUUUUUCGUUUUUGUAACCAGGGCAUUCUGAACUAUACAACUCCCUUGACACAAGUAUCACUUAUAGGUUUUGAGUGCUGCAUGUGUGCUUUUCAGAGCAGUAGUGUGAGGAAGCUGGCAGUGGAAUGGCAGGACGGCCUCAUCCUUAUGACAGUAACUCCAGUGAUCCAGAGAAUUGGGAUCGGAAAUUGCAUAAUAGACCUCGUAAACUUUGUAAACAUUCAAGCACCUCAUCUCGUAUUGCUAAAGGAAUAGACUACACAAAAAUGAGCCUCCAUGGUGCAAGUGGUGGACAUGAGAGAUCAAGGGACAGACGCAGAUCAAGUGACAGAUCUCGUGACUCAUCCCAUGAGAGAGCAGAAUCUCAGCUCACUCCAUGCAUCAGGAAUGUUACUUCACCUACAAGACAGUAUCAGUCUGAUCGAGAAAAGGAUCACAGUUCAUCUCGACCAAGCAGCCCUCGUCCUCAGAAGACUUCCCCUAACGGUUCUGUUGUGAGCAUGGGGAACAGCAGCAGAAACAGUAGCCAGUCAAGCUCAGAUGGGAGCUGCAAGGCUGGUGGGGAAAUGGUAUUUGUAUAUGAAAAUGGAAAAGAGGGAGCUCGGAAUGUCAGAACCUCGGAACGAGUAACACUCAUAGUGGACAACACCAGAUUUGUUGUAGAUCCUUCUAUCUUUACUGCGCAACCUAAUACAAUGUUGGGCAGGAUGUUUGGGUCAGGCAGAGAACAUAACUUUACACGUCCUAAUGAAAAAGGAGAGUAUGAAGUUGCUGAAGGAAUUGGUUCCACUGUGUUUCGUGCUAUUCUGGAUUACUACAAGACUGGAGUGAUACGCUGUCCUGAUGGGAUAUCUAUUCCUGAAUUGAGAGAAGCAUGCGACUAUCUCUGUAUCUCUUUUGAGUAUAGUACUAUUAAAUGCAGAGAUCUCAGUGCUCUCAUGCAUGAAUUGUCGAACGAUGGUGCUCGCAAACAAUUUGAGUUUUAUCUAGAAGAAAUGAUUCUCCCAUUAAUGGUAGCCAGUGCCCAAAGUGGUGAGAGGGAGUGCCACAUUGUUGUGCUGACAGAUGAUGAUGUUGUUGACUGGGAUGAAGAAUAUCCUCCGCAAAUGGGAGAGGAGUAUUCACAGAUUAUUUACAGCACUAAGUUGUAUAGAUUUUUCAAAUACAUUGAAAAUCGAGAUGUGGCCAAAUCAGUUCUGAAGGAAAGGGGUCUCAAGAAGAUCCGCCUGGGCAUUGAAGGUUACCCUACAUACAAAGAGAAAGUGAAAAAGCGCCCGGGUGGAAGACCAGAGGUGAUUUACAACUAUGUGCAAAGGCCGUUUAUUCGGAUGUCAUGGGAGAAGGAGGAAGGAAAGAGUCGGCAUGUUGACUUUCAGUGUGUGAAAAGCAAAUCCAUUACAAAUUUAGCAGCAGCGGCAGCAGAUAUACCCCAGGACCAGCUUGUGGUAAUGCAUCCUACCCCCCAGGUAGAUGAGCUGGAUAUUCUGCCUAUUCAUCCUCCACCCAGUAACAGUGAGAUGGAUACUGAGGGACAAAACCCACCACUCUGAUCUAGACUCUUACUAAAACAAAAGCAUGCUACUUUAAAGUGACUCUCUACUCAACUCAUACUACACUGCAAUUCCAGUUUUUUCCAUUGUGUAACAGUGUUUAGGAUAUUGCAGUAUGGACCUUUGAAAAGACCACAGGGAGUACCUGGUUGUUUUUGAAAGAGUACAGAUCAAACGUCCUGGGGUUACAGUUACAUACAUGUAUGUGUUUACCAGUAGGUUUGUGACAUUGGUGAUUUGUCUGCUGGACUGUCCUCACUCUUAAGCCCAUCAAAAACAAUGGGAGGCUGGUGGCAAGGUGUACAUUGGUAUUGUUACACAGGGGUUAGAAGGCAGGGUUGGAAUUGAUAGUAGCACUUUAUAAAUGGUUGAUAAACGGAAUUUGAAGCCAUUUUUUAUAAAUGUAUUGCACAAUACUAACAAAGUGCUUCUAUCAAAAGUAUUAACUGUAAAUAGUUUUGCUCUGAAUAGGUUGACCCUUUUAAAGUUACUGUAUAUGGUUGAGCACAAAACUACUUACUCUUGGGUUUUUGGAUUGAGGACAUGAUUCAAUUACCCAUGUAACAUCUUGUUAAACUCAAAGUUCUCCAGUGAAUUUUUUCACUUGUUUGCAGCGUGAGCCAUGUUCAAAAAUUGUGAACAACAGAUAGGGGCUUUAUCUUAAAUUUUGCCUUACCUUAAUCUGUUCACAAAUAUUUAUUUAAUACAUUUUUCAUAAGUGUCAUAAAAUAGGAAAAUGCAAAUGGUUCAUUCUUCAUUUAUUAAUGAUUGUAAACAAGUUUUUCAUGCAAAUAAAGUUUCCAUUAUUUUAA